CGCAGCUGUGUUGUUAUGGCUUUUGAGGUUACCUUUUUGUUUGUCCUAACUGGAUUCUAAGUACAUACCAUUGCCUUCAUUUCCUUUUGGUUUAAACAUGUCAAUUUUUACAUUCUUAUUUUUUAUUCUUUCAUUUCACUCCUUCUCUCUUCAUUCUUCUUUUUUAAUUCUCAAUUUCAUAUCUUCGAAAUUUGGAGAAUACAUAUCAGCACAAACUAAGUUCUUUGAGAGGUCCAACUUCUCAACAGAGUAAAAGAGUGUCUUUCUCCAAUGAAAUAGUUAACCACCAUGGAGAAACCAGCAGUGACCCAAGUCACAGCUGGUUGCAAACCCUUAACCACAUUUGUACAGACAGACACAAAGUCCUUUAGAGAGGUUGUCCAGAGACUGACAGGCCCAUCAGAGCCCAAUACUGUCGCCCAGCAAGAAGCAGCAACAACAAAUAGCAAGGCAACAGGCCCAAAAAGGCAGGUCCCCACAACAACAACAGCCCCACCACCCACAUCCAAACUCCAUGAGAGAAGGCAGUACAUGAGGCCCAAGCUUGAGAUAGUCAAGCCCACUUUCCAUGUGAGAUCAGCCUUUGCUUCAUCUCCUGAUCAGAACCAGAGUAUUUCACCCUCCAAACAGGGAAGUGGGCUAGGCUUUCUCUCAAGCCCAUUGGGUACUCCCUCAACUAUUUUCUCAAACUUGUCCAUAGGAGAAGAGAAAAAGAAAGAAGAAUCAGUGAACUUAAACAGCCAAGAGGAAGAGAAAGCCAUAAAAGAGAGAAGGUUUUACUUGCACCCUUCUCCCAGGGGUCAACUGGGUUAUUCUGAACCAGAGUUGCUCACUUUGUUUCCUCUGAGUUCUCCAACUACAAGUAAGAAAAACCCAUGAUUUUGAUUGUGGAAAUGAGCCAAUACAGAAUGCCAAAACUAUGCAAAAAGUGCCUUCAUUUAGUGUUAUUGUAAUUGGCCUUCCUCGAAGCUCUUAUGGGAGAUUUUCAUACAACUGAUUGUUUAAAUUUAAAGGUAAUUGACUAAAGCCCUUUAAACUGGUUGAUACCACUAUCCUUUCUUUGCAGAUAAAUAAAAUGAGAAUGCAGCCAUCAUCUGUUAAUUAUAUUCUCAUAAUAAAAUCAAGUUUAAUGAUAGUAACCAUAUACUCAUAAUACAUAAUAAAUGCAAUUUAAAUUAAGGCGUUUAAGAACCAUUCAAAAUAUAAUCCUCUUAUUUAAAAAAUUGAAAUUGAGGUGUUUUAGAACUAUUCAAAAAUGCACGGUAACAUGUUACGUUACCCACAUGCUAUAU